CCAAGACACACAGGGCCGUCAGCUUGCCCGGUGGGGGAAGAGUAAAGAGAGUGGAGUAGACCGCACGGGUUCACCGUUACUCUGCAGUGAGAUUGGUAUUGUUGUUCAGAGAGUGUCUCUGUCGGGGCGGUGGAGCAGGAGGAGGCUGUCCGUGUGGCAGUCCCGAAGAGAAGGGGGAACGCAUUCCUGAAAGUGCCGCUAUUACUGUGGCAACGAAAACGGUGGACAGACGGCUAAACUGCUCACUGUUUACACAAGAGACUCAGGAGUGGUGUAGUGAGGGGUGACAGUAGGAGACAUGGUGGAUUAUUAUAACAUCCUGGGAGUGUCCAGAACAGCCUCUCAGGAAGACAUCAAGAAGGCGUAUAGGAAACUGGCCCUAAAAUGGCAUCCAGACAAAAAUCCAGACAACAAGGAAGAAGCAGAAAAAAAGUUCAAAGAACUGGCUGAGGCCUAUGAAAUCCUAUCUGACAAGACUAAACGUGAUGAAUACAACAGAUUUGGAAAUGACAGAAUGAGACACAGAGGUUCCAGCCCCAGCACAGACUUUCCUUCAGAUUUCCCAGGAUUCACCUUCACAUUCCGCAGCCCAGACGAGGUGUUCAAAGAGUUUUUUGCUGGCCAGGAUCCCUUUGCUAGCUUCUUUGAUGACUUUUCAUCAUUUGGAUGCUCGUCUUCUCGCCUCGGCCCUGGUCGGUUCUUCUCUUUUCCUUCAGCUGGAGCUGAUUUUACCUCCUUUUCUUCCCUGGGUGGUCUGCAUGGGAUGGACAACAUGGGUGGAGGGAUGAGCAACUUCAAAUCGGUUUCUACCUCUACUCGUGUUAUAAAUGGCAAACGCACCACCACUAAGAAGAUAAAGGAGAAUGGGCAGGAAAGAACAGAGAUUGAGGAGGAUGGGGUGUUAAAGAGUAUCCUAAUUAAUGGUGUGGAGGAUGAAAUGGCCCUUGCGCUGGAGUUGAGCCGACGAGAGGGACAGCCCCAUCAAUCACCUCAGAAGCCUCAAGUCCAUAACAAAUCAUCUGUUGAGUCUGACAAAUCUCGCCCCAGCCCAGGCACAUAUCGGUCAUUUAGCUCUGCACCCUGCUACGACUUAGGAGGAGGUACUGGAAGCAGUGAAGAUGACGAAGAUGAUGAAGAUCUGCAGAUGGCUUUGGCAUACAGCCUGUCAGAAUUGGAUGCCCAGCAGAGAGCAGCUGUUACCGACGCCAUAUCAGGUGCUAUGGGCGGGGUCAAAGUCAAGAUUAAGAAAAAGGUUGUUAAGACCAAAAAUACAAAUACAAAUGGCAAUGAAAAGGUUUUUAAAGAGGAGAAAGAGGAAGUGAAGGAGUUUAAAAAGGGCCCAGGGCCUGGAGCAAAGUGGGAAAAGGAGGAAGAGGGAACCAGAGAGCCAUGCUUGUCUUCUGAGUCAUCCACAACUGCCAGUACUACACCACAAAGCCAGUGCAGUAAAGAGGUUGAUCCUGGCAUAAAAAGUAAAGAAGGCAGUGGAAAGAAGAAAAAUAAGUGUGGGUGCAUUGUGUGCUAAUGCAGCUUGUGUGUGGGGGUUUGUUUGGAUUGCCUUAUUCUUUAUACUGUACUUACCUCACUGAUUUUUCUGAUUAUCUUUAAGGUAAUGUUAUUGCCAGACUCUUAAUUUGAGGCAGUGCCUCGACUGAUCACCAGGCUUUUGUGUAGAUUUAACACCUCAAAAUGGGACAGUGAGUCAGCUUUGAAAAGUUAUGCGGUUUCUUGCUGCUUUUCUUUGUCGAUAGCCAACGCAGACAUUUCUACACAUUCUACCAAUCCAGCCAAGCAUUAACACUGUUUUGUUUUUGUGCAUGCAAAGAAAUACAGAGGAUUGUUUCUCAAUGUAUAUGGAUGUGCGUGUGUGAGUGCGUGUCUGCUCAUGCAUGCAUGGUUUUAUGUGUGGUACUUUGUGUGUUUGGGUCAUUUGGGACCGUGCCAUAGAAAUUUCUCAUUCAGUCUCUCUGGUAAAAGGAAUGUAUCAGAACUGUGUCACACUCAGCCCAGCCUCAAACAAUGGAUCUAAAGCAGACCACAGAACUUUCUCUAGUAAACUCAAACUAGUUAGAUUUGAAAAAUAGUGUUUACACAUCAACUGAUAGUGAUUUCUCGAAUAUGUAUUUGGGAACAGUCUACUUUGCAAAUACUGUACUUUGUUAAUACAUACAAGCCCCUGUUAGAAUUGCAGCCCGGAUUUCACACUGUUGUAAAGCUUGAACAGUCAGGCUGCUAGUUGUAAUGUAUUAAUUUGAAUGUCUUAAAAAGAAAAAAAUCCUUAAUCCAAACUACUGUAGGUAAUCAGAUUUAGGAUGAAGUAUUUUUGGAAAACACUUAAUGAUGCUUUAAUUAAAUAUUUUGUACAGGUAAAGCACAGUGCAAACCAAUGUGCACAGAUUUACAGACUGAAUGUAAACCCCAGUUGCGAAUAUCAUGAUAUAAAUGUGUUGAUCCUUUUGGUGCCUUUGCAUGUCAUAACUACAUGUUUACAUCAUCACCUCAAAUGUGCCAAAUCAGAAAAAAAACUAAUUACUAAGGAAAUGCAUGUGAUCAGCGACAUGAAGCUGUCACAGAAAGCAGAGCAGAUGGAACCAAAUGCAAGAGACCGAAGGCAGGGCUAAAGGACACUGUCUUUAUUCAUGAACUGACAAGAACAGACAAAGACAGACUUGACAAGAAUUGACAAAUAAUCCAGCAAAG